UAAGAUUGUGUGAAUUGCUUAAAUAGCUCAGAGCUCUUUAACGAGCAGACAGACAGAUUUGAACUCUCAUGUCGUACUAGGAGGACAUUUUAACGGGGAUUAUUCAAAGAGUUUUCAGGAAACUAAUUUGGAUCGCACAGCCGGAGAGUCGCGUAGAGAAACAGCGGCGAAGAGAAGCUGCUUCCCGGAACCGAGUUACAGCUGGACUGUGUUUUCGUCGGACUGGAUUUGUCCUCGUACGUCUUGCUAGCAAACAGGCUAGCAAAGUCCUAGCAAGCUUCUUUAAGGAAAAGACUAGAAAAUAAGAAAGUUUACGACAAAAAAUAGCAUCUAAAAGCUUAGUUUGCUUUUUAAAUAGUUAGGAGUUAACGCACCUGACUCUACAGCUGGGUAGGGGGCAGCUCGCUGUGUGUUUACUCGUGUUUGAAGGCUCUGCAGUUCACGACGUCGGUAUUUCAGUAACGCUAUCUGAGCGUUUCGGCGUUUCGGUAACGUUAUUUGAGCGUUUCCGUGUUUCAGUAACGUUAUUUGAGCGUUUCCGUGUUUCGGUAACGCUAUUCGAGCCUUUCUAAUGCAGAGACCUCAUUUUCGACACCCUUAUCCCGGACCGGGCCCGAGAGCGGGCGGGUUUCGCAGCCCUCCACAGGCUAUGGAGAGGGGGCCCGGGAUGCUCCCCUCGCCGCCUUGGGCUUUCUCAAACCCGCCUCCUCAAUUCGGGCCCAGGUUCGGACCCUACGGCGGGUCUCCAAACACGCCGCCCAGGGACUUUAGUGGCGGCAGAGGCGGCGGUAACAGCAGUAACGGCAAACACAGCGGCAGGUCUCCCGCUCACACGCCGCGCAGGCCUAACAGUGGCGGCCGCGGCGGCACUCCGCACCGGCACUCGCCUUAUUACCACCCCAGCCCGGGGCAGCACGGCGGGUCUUUUCAGGGUUCGCCGCGGACAUCCACACCAUUUGGCAGGGAGAGAGGGGGAAAUGAUAUGGACAAGUAUUACAAACCGUCUAUGCUUCAAGAUCCGUGGGCUAAUCUCCAGCCUAUCUCAGUCACAGACACCCAGUCCAAAUGCAGCACCCAGCAAGCCACAAACACAGGCAGGAAAGGGAGGUACUACAGCUCGAACUGAAUCUGUUUUAAACUAGUCAUGGCAGUGACAACACGUCCCAACUGGUUUUAUUUAGCAGGACUAGCUCUGCCCCUCGCUGAAGUUUUGGGUCGAGGAGGGAGCUGUUGGUUCAGUUACAGUGGCAGAAUGGACUCGGCAGUAGCAAUAAUUCUUGCAGAGCUGUUGCAGCUUUUUACAUUUUAUACAGUUUGUAUACUGUGAGACUUUCUAUUAUACUUUUAUAUUUUACGUUCAUUUUGACUCUGGGAUUAAGACGACUGUUGCCGUAGAUAUUGGCAGCAAUUAGUUGGACCCGACUCUCUGUUCUUCAGCUCCAGUGAAGUUUGGUCACCGAUAGCGAUGCUUCGGUGGGUGCCCGGGCAGUGUUAAAAUGAGGUUUGGACAUCUGUCUACCUCUGAAUGAACACUAUUCCCAUAUUGUACCAGCACUAGAGCAAGUUUUUUCUAGGCAUUCUUUUUCAAUUUUGUACAUAUUGAAAAAUUUUUUAUUUAGGUGGUAUCUUUAAUUUUAUCUUGGAUCUGUCAGCUUACUUUCUUGUUAUAAACGGAAAAAAAAAAUGUGGACUGAUGUUUAACUAUGUAAGCAUGUGGCCAACAAAGGCCCAUUAUGAGCUGCUGUUGAGUUCAAAAUUUGUAACAAAAAACAUGCAAGAUUGUUGGUUGGACUAAUUGUUUCCUCUUUUUUACUUUACACACUCAGGAUUUUCUAAAUGUUUAAGUACCUCAGCCAAGUUACUCAAGUCCAAAUGAUACCACAGGUAGAAGGAUAAAAAAAAAUCUACUUGCUAAAUAGAUACAUAUUUGAUAACACAAAAAUGAGAUGUUUUUAAUACUUUUUUGUUCAGUGAUCUGAUUAGCAGACUGUCAGCAGAUGUGGCAUUGUCACCAUUAAGUUGUUCCAUAUGUUUUAGUUAUCUAUUUGAAUGUUUAAAAGUUGAUCCCUGAUUUAUUGUUUAUCCAUCAUAAAUGUAACCUGUUAUUAUGGCAGUAAUGUGAAACCAAAACCUAUGGCUCUUUCUUGAAAAUAACCUUGCUUUUUUAUUAUUGUAACUCUAGAAGUAGUGUCAGUUCCUUUAAUCCAGAACAUAAGUAUAUAGAGCAAUGGGGGGAUGGGAUGAGGUGUAAUGGACAGGUAAGUUCAUCAAAAGAACUGGACAAAUACAUUAGAACAACUCCAACCACUGGAAGUAUAUUAAAAUCUCUUGUAUUUCUGUUUUCAGCUUCAAAUUAGACAUUUGAUUUAAUUAACAGAACAGAAAGUACCAAAAGGCCUCAGCUGAGUGUACUAUUUCAGCAUCAUUAGCUAAUGGCACUGCAAUUGCAACAGCAACAUUAGUAAAUGGUCCCUCCUGCAAUGUUUGGUUAAAGGUAUACUUCACAAAAAAAUAACAUGGAUGAAAGUUAGUAAAGAUUAGUUAGCAUGAACAUUUUUUUUUCCAUAAUGCUGUCUGGCCAUUUCAGAUCAGUCAAUCAUCAUUAUUAGCAAAGGCGGCAAUAUGUGUGAAGUAUUCCGACAAAGGAGCCAACAGAUCUUGUUAAAAAAUACAUGGGGGAAAUAAACACAGUGUUAAACAGCAGGCGAUGAGGGAGCUGUAGACAUGUACAUUUAAGGGUUAAUUACAUUGUUUCAAAUUUUGCUCAAAUAGUGGAAAAAACAUUGAACAAAGUGCCAUUUUUCUAAUAGUUGCCCAUAACAACAACCUCUGGACAUCGUAAAUGCACAAGACUAUGCUGAAGUGCUGUGAUCAUGUUUUGUUUGAUUUUGCUUGCUUGUUCAUUUGAACAUUUUACAAACUUGAAUCUUAAAGCCAGAUAAUCUUUUUUUUUAUCAUGUACAGCAGCUUGUAGAACAAAUUUGAUCUGAACUCCUGAGAUAAAAAUCUUAAAAUUUGGAGUAGAACAUACCAAAGAUUGAAAACAGCCCUUUCCAUAACAAGGAAAAAAGAAAUCCUUCAAUAAUCUACUUUUAAUAAUGGAAUUGUACUGUAUGUAGCCCUCACACAUUAUAAAGAUUUGACAAGUCUGAAAAUAUUAGCAGCUCAGCUAACUGAAGUGCAGUGUGACUAAUGGUGAUGAAAUGUGACCACUGAAAUUGAAUAGAGUUAAGAAAAAUAGAAGAAUGAUUAGGCCAAGGCCACCACGCACAUCAUAAAUAUUCAAUAAAAUAAGUUCUAAAUCAUUGAAUUCAAUCAUACUAUAAUCUCAAAGUGUUUGCUUAGGAUCAAAGCUUAUGGUUAGACAGCCUAUCAACAAUUACAUUGACAACCCUUAUAGACUUC